GAGGAGCAGGAGGAGGAGCAGGAGGAGCAGGAGCAGGAGGAGGAGCAGGAGGAGCAGCAGGAGGAGCUGGAGGAGCAGGAGCAGGAGGAGGAGGAGCAGGAGGAGCAGGAGCAGGAGCAGGAGGAGGAG